UGCUAUAAAUAUCGACUACAAAUAAACAAAAAGAAAAGAACUAAGAAAUGGGUUCCAACAAGCCCCAUGCUAUGUGCAUUCCUGUUCCAACUCAAGGCCACAUUAGCCCCAUGCUCAAACUAGCCAAGCUCCUCCACCACAAAGGCUUCCACAUUUCAUUUGUUAACACCGAAUUCAACCACAGGCGCCUGCUCCAUUCUCGAGGUCCGGCAGCUCUCGAUGGCUUGCCAGACUUCCGCUACUAUGCUAUCCCUGAUGGCAUUCCGCCUUCAGAUCCCAAUGCUACUCAAUCCCCACCACUCAUAUUUUCCUACACUCCUGUACAUUGCUUGAAACCAAUUACUAGUCUCGUUUCACAGUUCAAUGAGGCUAAUGUGGACUCGGAUGUGCCCCCGGUGACAUGCAUCAUUGCUGAUGGUCUCAUGACCUUUGCUCUUAAGGUUGCUGACCAGUUUCGGAUAGCUAAAGUGUUGUUUUGGACAGCAAGUACUUGUGGACUUCUCGCGUACAGCCAAUACGGCCAGCUUGUUGAAAGAGGCUAUACACCACUAAAAGAUGAGAGCUACGUGACAAAUGGAUAUUUGGAUGCAAUAGUGGAUGGGAUUCCAGGAAUGAAAGACAUGAAACUGAGAGAUUUCCCAAGCUUUGUAAGAACAACAGACAUCAAUGAUAUAAUGUUUAACCACCUGAAAAACGAAGCUCAAGCCAUUUCCAACUGUGAUGCACUCAUUAUCCACACUUUUGAUGCCCUCGAAAAAGACUCCGUGGAUGCUCUUUUGCCCAUUCAGCCGCACAUUUACACGGUUGGUCCAAUGCUUAACAACAUGCAGGACGAGAAACUCAAGUUCAUGGGCUCAAAUUUAUGGAAAGAAGAAAUUAGCUGUUUUGACUGGCUGGAUCAGAGAGAAGCUAACUCUGUUUUGUACGUGAAUUUUGGUAGCAUAACUGUCAUGUCCGCGAAACAUUUAUCUGAAUUUGCAUGGGGACUAGCAAAGAGCAAGAAACAUUUUCUGUGGAUAAUUAGGCCUGACGUAGUAUCCGGUGACUCUGCCAUGCUUGCGCCAGAGUUUCUGAGCGAGACAGAGAACAGAGGAGUCAUUGCAAGCUGGUGUCCGCAAGAACAAGUACUGAACCAUCCGGCAAUUGCUGGAUUUUUGACUCAUAGCGGAUGGAAUUCGACUAUCGAGAGCAUUGCAGCUGGUGUGCCGAUGAUUUCUUGGCCAUUUUUUGCUGAACAGCAGACGAAUUGUCGGUAUUGUUGCGUGGAAUGGGGGAUUGGGAUGGAGAUUAACAAUGAAGUGAAGAGAGAUGAAGUAGAGGUGCUUGUUAGAGAAUUGAUGGAUGGCGAAAAGGGUAAAAUGAUGAAGGAGAAUGUGAUGGAUUUUAAGAAGAAAGCACAAGAAGCCAUGGGACCUAAUGGAUCGUCUCUGAAGAACUUCAACAGAUUAAUAAACGAGGUCCUGUUACCUCGCUAGGAGAGUUUUGGAGUAACUAAGCACCAAAAGUUGCUUAUUGUGUUAGUACUUUAACUUUCUACGUGUAUGUUAAGAUAAAAAGAGUAAACGUAGUCCCUUUUUUUAUUUUUUUAAAAUACUAGUUGAUAACCCGUGCCAAGCACGGGUUUAAAUAAAAUUUUAAAAUUUGUAAUUUAUUAGAAGAAUAAUGUUUUUUAGUUACA